AUGACUCCCCCCGCGAGCUGGUCCAUGCCCAGCGGGGGGGGAGAUUUGGGGGGGAUUGGCGGAGGCGGAAUCGGCGGAGACGUCCCUGGCGGGGAUAAAAUGGGUGGCAUUGGCGGAGAUAGAAAGAGGCUUGGCGGAGACUACAGCAGCAGCGGUAAUGGAAACAGCGGCCGCCGCAAUGGGCUGGAGCCGUCAAGCUCCCGCCAUUCUAGGUCAGCUGCGUCUAGCCCCCGGGUAAUUUAUUCCGUUUUCGGGCUUGGGAAGGAGGAGGGCAGCCAGAGUGGACGGUGCGCGUCUUUCGAGGAAGGCGCGGCGGAGACUUACGCGGAAAGGGAUCUCUGGGGCCCGCCCCGCGGGAGAAGCGGAAGCAGGGGCGGAGGGGGAAGCACGGGGGUUCCUCUUGCGUUCUCCGUCUCCCCGCGAGGCUCCCCGCGCGGCUCGCAGCUGCGCCCCGAGAAGCGGCUUGUGUCUUACGCGUCGCUAGACCCGGCUGGCGCUUUUAGGAGCCGAGGAGGUAAGGGCGGUCUAGACUGGCUGGAGGAGAUUAAGAAGGGAGAGGGAGGAGGGGGCGGUGAUGGCGGAUUUGGCGGAAGUGGCGGAGGUGGUGGGGGGAGCAGUAGGGGCAGUGGGGGCGGCAGGGGAGGGGAAUUGCGGGCGAACGCCGGAGAGGCUGGGGGGGAGAGCAGGCGGGGAGCGCUUGCAUCCGCAAGUGGCGGCGCUGGCGGUGCUGGUAGCUUUGGAAGAAGCGGGGGGGCCGGAGGAGGAGGCGGAGGGGGAGGGGGAGGGGGAGGGGGAGGCGGAGGCGGAGGGUUCGGGGGAGCAGACGCUGGUUUGAGGGGCGCAAGCGCGCAUGGUAUGGGCAGCGCAGGCUUCCCUUUCCCGUCGCGCCCCCGUAGCUCCCCCUUAGGAAACAAGCUCAUGUCGUAUUCGUCUCUGGACCGCCCCUAUAGGCCUGAGGGGGGGGCGGGCGGGGAGGGGGACGCGGGGAACUUGAGCUGGCGCCAGCUGGUGGCGCAACUGAAAGAGGGAGAGGAGCUGAAGGAGGGGAACGAGGGGGAGGAGGGGAACACGCCCUUCAACUCUCUGCCACAGCAGGCUGCUAUCGGGACAGCUCGUAACGCGGAUCGUUUUGGCAGUGCUGCUGGUGCUAGUGGCAGCUGUAGGAUAUCUGGUGGUAUUGGUGGUGCUUCUGCUGCCGCUGCUGGUGCUGGUGCUGCUGCUGCUGCUGCUGCUGCCUCCGGUGCUGGUUCUGCCUGUCCCAAGCCAAGGCACAGGCGAGGCUCCUCUCUCCACUCCUUUCCCCCUAUUGACGCCACAAGCACAACAGCAGCAGCAGCAGCAGCAGCAGCAGCAGCAGCAGCAGCAGCAGCAGCAGCAGCAGCAGCAGCAGCAGCAGCAGCAGCAGCAGCAGCAGCAGCAGCAGCAGCAGCAGCAGCAGCAGCAGCAGCAGCAGCAGCAGCAGCAGCAGCAGCAGCAGCAGCAGCAGCAGCAGCAGCAGCAGCAGCAGCAGCAGCAGCAGCAGCAGCAACAGCAGCAGCAGCAGCAACAGCAGCAGCAGCAGGGGAAGGAGAAGGUGAAAAGUCCGAGGGGCAGUUUGGGAAUCAAGGGAAUAUUGCACGCCGCAUCCUCCCGCCUCCGCUCCCUCCUCCCAGACUCCACCUCUCCCACUGGCAGCAGCACCACCACCACAAGCAGCACCACAGCUGCUACAGCUGCCACUGCUGCCCCUCCCAGCAGCGCUCCCAGCUUCAGCAGCGGUGUUCCCAUGGGGGGCAGUAG